UCUUCCACCCCGGACUUCCAGACAAGAUCAACCUCUAAGAUUUUUGAAUGAUCAAAAUCUAUCGUUAUAUCUCUGCAUUUUCAACGUCAUUCGGAGUCUGAGGUUGUGCCGCACUUUCGUUCAGCAAUAGUCUGACCAAGGCCAGGUUAUUUAAGAAGUGCUCUCAUGAUGAUGGCAUAUUUGGAGAGCCCGGUGUAUAUAUUUAUGUGAGACAUCGUGACAAAGUUUCAUCAAGCGAAACAUUCUACCUUCUACCUUACUAUUUCAAUAUUCUUACACAAAUUCUACAACAUCAUCGACAAAAUGGGACUCUUCUCAAACUCAAAGCCCACACUGACGGAGAAGACGAUCCCUGAUCAAUCUGGAAAGGUCUUCAUUGUGACAGGCUCAACGAGUGGUGUUGGAAGGGAGCUGGCAAAGAUCCUGUAUGGAUCAAAUGCACGCGUCUAUGUUGCUGCUCGCUCGGCCGAGAAAGCUAAGACUACAAUUGAGGCUAUCAAGACAGAAAGUCCCAAGUCAACGGGCGACUUGCUCUUUCUCAAGCUCGAUCUAGGUGAUCUGAGCACGGUCAAAGCAUCAGCUGAAGAAUUUCUUCGGAAGGAAUCAAGGCUCGACGUACUCUGGAACAAUGCAGGCGUUAUGAUUCCACCUCAGGGCAGUAAGACUGCUCAGGGUUACGAACUUCAGCUUGGAACGAAUAACCUUGCUCCAUUCUUGUUCACAAAUUUUCUCGCACCUCUCAUGGCCAAAACUGCCAAAGAAGCACCAUCAGGCUCUGUCAGAGUUGUAUGGGUGUCGUCAAGUGCCGUAGGAAUGGCGCCAACAGGUGGAGUUGAUAUGUCGAACCUUGACUACAGAGUCGAAAUGGGUGUAUGGCAGAAGUACGCUGUAAGCAAAGCUGGAAACGUCUUACAUGCAAGAGAAUUCGCAAGGAGACACAAGGAGGACGGUAUCAUCAGCGUUGCAGUAGAUCCAGGUAUGUUGAAGACAGAUUUAUGGGUGAAUACCCCUGCUUGGCAAAUGAUGUGGUGGAAACUCGUGCUACAUGAGCCUAUCUAUGGAGCUUAUACGGAGCUUUAUGGAGGAUUAUCGCCUGAGAUAAACAUGGGUAGAACUGGUGCAUGGAUCAAGCCUUGGGGCACGAUCAAGACGAUGCGGGAAGACCUUGAGGCUUCAUGUAAGACGAAAGAGGAAGGAGGUAGUGGUGUUGGACUGGAAUUCUGGAAUUGGUGCGAGGAGCAAGUUCGUUCUUUUGCAUGAUGCGAGGAUACCUAAUAAUUUUUGCGACUAUUAUUUGAGGAUAUCCAACACGCAGUGGAGCUCAAAGUCCUGGCAUUUUGAGGUCGAUGAAAGGUUAUAGAAUAGAUUGUUCAAGAUAGGGUUGUGUGCCACAGUAAUGUGCGAUUUUCCUGCU